AUUGUGGGCUGCUCUUAUUGAAGCGCCUAACAAGUGUCUGUCCUGAAAAUCCCGGCAAAAUCAUCCUACAACACCGCGAGCUCGCUUAGUCGCACAAGGCAACUGAAUCUUAAGGAUACGACUCGCGCUACGCUUCGCGACUAAUUCUGGUCGUUUUGUGACGAGAACGCACGCCGCGAGUUGACAACAUCCGCGCCCAUCACCACCGUGCCUUAACUCCCUGGACCCUCUGGACAAGCAUUUAUGGCUGCGUCAAUGAAAUGGCACCUGCCCGGCCGGGCCCAAGUGCAGCAGCGUCAGCGGAGUGUCGUCUCUGCUGGCUGGCAGACAGUCCGUGAUGUGGUGCGCGCCUCUGCUUCGGGCGGCAGCGCGGCUGUCACGGCCGGAUCUCUCAAGGCCGCCGCGACCGCCCGUGGCGCGGCGCUGGUCGCGCGCUACGCCACCUCCACGCCCGCCACAUCGACCACGCUGCCGCUGGACGGCCCCGCCCUGACCGUGCGCACACGUGUGGUGGUGCCGUACCACCCCACCAGCCACGGCCAGCAGCUGGUGCUGGUGGGCAGCUGCGAGGAGCUUGGCAACUGGGACCCCAAAAAGGGCGUCAAGUUCACCUGGUGCGAGGGCCACAGUCACGAGGUGGAGCUGGAGCUGCCGGUGCACACCAACGUGGCGUGCAAGCUGGUGGUGCUGGGAGAGAACGACAGCAGCUCCUGGGAGCCGGAGGCCAACCGUGAGCUGCUGCUGGCGCCGGCCUCGCUGGCCAGCCGCGCCGCCGGCUACACCAUGCUCAUGCACUGGGGCUUCCCCGACUGCACCCAGGUGAUGUCCAACUCGCUGCGCCGCGGCGGCGUGUCGCCGGGCGGCAGCGGCCGCGCCACUCCCGGCCUGAACGGCUCCAGCGGCUCGUCGGGCGUCAUGGGCAACCCGCUCAUUGCGGGCAUGAAGAAGGCUCUGGAGGCGGCGAGCUCGCGCGAGCGCUUCAGCUCCGUCAUCUCGGGAUCCGCCUCCUGGGAGGACGAGUUCGGAGUGGAGGAGGAGCCCGUGCUGACGCAGUGCCAGGUGACGGUGCUGAUGCCCAAGAACGGCCCCAAGCUCAAGCCGGAGCAGAGCCUGGUGCUGGUGGGCUCCAGCGCGGCGCUGGGCCGCUGGGACCCCGCCAACGGGCUGCCUCUGGAGCGCGCCGGCGAGGACUCGCCCAUGUGGACCAGCCAGGCGGAGCUGCCGCUGGGAGACAGCCUGCAGGCCAAGGUGGUGGUGGUUGACGCCGUGAGCGGCAAGGCUGAGAUCUGGGAGCCGUGCGAGAACCGCACCCUGGCGCGCUACCGCGGCUCCAAGCCGGUCAUGGUGACCGCCUACUACGGCACCGCGCCCACCCACUCCCUGGAGGUGGACCGCCUCAGCGCCGCCGCCGCCGCGGGCAGCCCGCAGGUGGUUCAGCUGCUGCGUCAGCAACUGGCCGCCACCUCCAGCCAGCUGGAUGGGCUGCGGCGCGAGCGCGACGACGCGCGCAAGGCGGUGGCGGACAAGGAGCACGCGCUCAAGGGCCUGGACGGCAAGGCCAACAGCGCCGCGCCCGGCCGCUUUGAGAUGGUUCACCUGGCUGAGCAGCUGCAGACCACCCGCAAGCUGUACGAGGUCACCAAGAAGGAGGCGAUGGAGCUGGGCGGCACUGUGGGCGUCACACGCCAGCUGUGCGAUGCCGCCAAGAAGGAGCUGUCGGGCCUGGCGAAGCAGCUGGUGGCGGCGCAGAAGGCGUACGAGGCGCUGGCGCCGCAGGUGGAGCGCAUGGAGAAGCAGCUGGCCUCCACCAACCGCGCCUUUGACGCCACCAAGCCCGAGCUGGCGGCGCUGGAGGCGCAGCUGGAGCGCGCGCGCGGCCUGUUCGACCGCACGCUGUCCAAGAUCGAGGCCGCCAAGUCGCUGGCGGCCGGCAGCAGCGCCACCGCCUCUGGCGACUACGACCUCAGCCGUCGCCGCGUGGACACCCGCGUGCGCGAGAUGCAGUUGGCCAAGUAAAUCGGCAACGGAAGCGACCAGCGGCUGCCGCGAGCACACAGGCGGCUCCUGGUGGAUAUUGCGGCCAGGCGCAACCGCGCCUGGCGCGCUUUGUACCAUGUAUGCCACAGGUGCCGCGCUGCGGCGCGGCGUGGCUGUGACGGUGACGAAAACCAGCUUCGACAACGACGGAGAAUGACUCACGAGGACCCGCAGGGCUGCAACAGCACCGCCGCGGCUUGCCAUCCCCCACACCCCCGUUUUUCAGCAUGGCAGCCGCGGCCGGGGCGCGGCCGCAACACGAAAAGACAAGACGGCCGCCGCAGCUGCGUGCGACGCUGCGUUUUGCAGCGUUAGCGCGCUGACUGGUGAGCGGCGCGACACGACUGGUGACGAGAUGACCAAGACGGUAAGGUACAAUGUUCCAUGAGACGAAGGACGGCACGGGAUGCUUCGGGUAAUUCCGAGAUCCUGCAGCCUGCGACAUGGUUUCCUCGCCCGGCCGGUGACGCCCUUGCGGCCGGAGCGGCAGGAAUCCCUACAGGCGGGCAUAAGGACAGCGCUGGACUGUCACUGAGACUGGAGCUUCGCGUGUGAUGAUGUGUGUGCGGGGCGAGACGAGUCAAAAGCAGGGUGUGCGUUGUUGUUUUUUAGACGGCAGGAAGCGCCUAUCCCGGCGCGCGUGCGGUUGCUAGUACGUUUGAACACUCUUUUGAGCAUGGCAGGUGUGCGUGUCAACAUGUUCUGUGCAUUUAAAUUGUUUCUUCCUAAAGCAUGGGGCACGGAGGGAUUUGUCGCGCCCUCAGCGCGCCCUGGCGCAAGUCUGUCCGCAUCGAAGACAUCUGCCCCAGGAAGCAGGAGUCUGCACCACUAGGGCUUUAAGGUUUCUACCUCCACGAACCAACAACUUUGCGUGUGACGGUGUGCCAUCCCGAUCUGGAUCUACAACAAGUCCGAGGGCCUCCAAGCAUCUGGAUCAACCUAUGUCGACGCCUUGCGGCUUGACCAACUCCUAAACAUUGUGCAAGCGCAUGACUUGCGAAAUGCGUUCGUGCGACGCCCCGCCUUCUCGUGGCGGUCUGGCGGUGUGAGGAGGGCAACUCCCCGAGGUGCAUGGAAGGCUUUGUGCAGGAGUGCGUGGAAAUGGUGCAGGAGUGCAUUUUGUCUUGUUAAGCGGGCACAUGAUUAGAAGCAAGUGUUCGAGCCCGCAGUGUAUGAAAACAUGUAUCAUAGGCACGAGGGCGGCGGAAGAGGUGCGUGCCGCCACGCGAUGCCAUGAAGAGUUGUUGCUCGGAAGGAAGAUGUAUGAGGGUUCAGCGCGCACCCUGCGCGGCCCUGACACACACACGCAUCAGUAGUUGCAUGGCGAUGCCGUUGGGAUGAGGUGGUGGCAUGGAUGGUCGUACAAUCGUGACAGCCAACGUCUGGCGGAGGGGCGGAGGUGAAACGCGGGCGGUGAGUGUGCCCAAAAGAGUAUGAAAGGAAGGCGGAGCAAGAGCCCAGGCCGCGAGACGAAGAGUUUGCCACACAUCACCAGAACAUGAUUGAAGCCGGCAUGAAAGAUGUUGACAUACCCGGGCCACGGUUGCAGCCUCAACACUGGGAGGCUUGGUCAGAUGCCAUAAGACGCGCAAGACUUGUAACACUUGAUCUUG